AUGACUUGUGCCCUUCUCUUCAGGCUUCUCCUACUUAUGACUCUGGCAGCCCUCUUCCAAGGCAAACGCUUUGGCCCCACAUCUCGCCUGCGUUAUUCCAGGUUCCUAGAUCCUUCCAAUGUCAUUUUCCUGCGCUGGGACUUUGACCUUGAGGCUGAGAUCAUCACGUUUGAGCUCCAGGUCCGGACAGCCGGCUGGGUGGGCUUGGGUGUCACAAAUCGCUACACCAGAGUGGGGAGCGAUCUGGUGGUUGGAGGAGUCCUGCCUGAUGGCAAUGUCUAUUUCUCGGAUCAGCACCUGGUGGAUGAAGACACCCUGGAGGAGGACGGGAGCCAGGAUGCUGAGCUGCAGGGGCUGACAGAAGACGCUGUCUACACCACCAUGCGCUUCUCCAGGCCCUUCCGCUCCUGUGAUGCCCACGACCAAGACAUUACGAGUGACACAAUAAGGGUUCUGGCUGCCUAUGGCCUGGAUGACACUCUGAAGCUGGAUCGGGACCGUACUUUUGUCAAGUCCAUCUUCCUGCUACAAAUAGUCCACCCUGAUGACCUUGACGUCCCUGAGGACACCAUCAUCCAUGACUUGGAACUCACUGAUUUUCUCAUUCCAGAGGAUGACACCACAUAUGCCUGCACCUUCCUCCCUCUCCCCAUCGUCAGCAAGAAGCAUCACAUCUUCAAGUUUGAGCCCAAGCUGCUCAAGCACAACCAGACGAUGGUGCAUCACAUCCUGGUUUAUGCCUGUGGCAAUGCCAGUGUUCUCCCCACGGGCAUCAGUGACUGCUACGGGGCUGACCCUGCCUUCUCCCUCUGCUCGCAGGUCAUCGUGGGCUGGGCUGUCGGGGGCACAAGUUACCAGUUUCCAGAUGAUGUGGGUGUCUCUAUUGGGACUCCCUUAGACCCCCAGUGGAUCCGAUUGGAGAUUCAUUACAGCAAUUUUCACAACGUUCCGGGUGUGUACGACUCCUCAGGCAUCCGAUUAUACUACACGGCAAAGCUGCGCAAAUACGACAUGGGAGUCCUCCAGCUGGGUUUCUUCACUUUCCCCAUCCACUUCAUACCCCCAGGCGCGGAGUCCUUCCUGUCCUAUGGGCUGUGUAAGACGGAGAAGUUUGAGGAGAUGAAUGGGGUCCCAGUGCCUGACAUACAGGUAUAUGGCUACCUGCUCCACACCCACCUGGCUGGCCGUGCUCUGCAGGCCGUGCAAUACAGAAAUGGAACACAACUCCGAAUAAUCUGCAAAGAUGAUUUCUACGACUUCAAUCUGCAGGAGACUCGAGAUUUACCUUAUCGAAUGGAGAUUAAACAGGGAGAUGAGUUGCUGGUGGAGUGUCAUUACCAGACGCUGGACCGGGACUCCUUGACUUUUGGGGGUCCCAGCACCAUUAAUGAGAUGUGCCUCAUCUUCCUCUUCUACUAUCCCCGAAACAACAUCUCCAGCUGCAUGGGGUACCCUGACAUCAUCCACGUGGCCCAUGAGCUGGGGGAGGAGGUAUCAGAUUCCAUGGAGGGCAUGAUGGCCAUGAACAAUGUUGAAUGGACCCCAGAGAACAUUAAGAAGGCUGAGAAAGCCUGCAAGGAGGCCCAGCAGACAGUGAUAAUAAAGACCAUUGAUGAGGUAGUGGAAAACACAACAGGCUGGAUUCCAGAAAUUAUCCGUGCUCCUCGGGGACCCUGCUUGGAGUCCUCCGGAGGCAAAGUGGAGCCCCAGGACAAAACCCCUGCAGGCUUCAGGGCUGCACCAAUUGCCCUCUCAGGCUCCAGCACUGCUACCCUGAGGUGCCUCCCUCUGGCUGCCCUCUUAUUUGGGCAGGGGGCUCUUUCUUGGCUUCUUGCCACCCUGCAGGUUGGAGUCUGAUACUAUCUCCUUAUGUCAAAUACUCAGGUUCCUCUCUGCUCAGCCCUCCCCUUAUUACCAAAUACAAAAAUUCUGCUUUGCUUGGGCUCUCCAAAGCCCCCCAUCUGUUGCCCCUUCC